GCGGCGCGGCCGGGCGGUGGGGGGGCGCGCCGCUGCGGCUCGGCGGGCCCGGACGGAUUCCGGCCGGAGAGCGACGGACUGCACAAGCCAGCAGCUGAGAAUGAGCGCUCACCAGGGCAGUAACGGAGACAGGUUGCUGGGGCCGGAGGCUGCCUGCCUAGUGGACGACCCUUUAAUAACUGCUCAGGAAAAACAAGCAGCCAGCCUGGCUCCAGCCAGCCUUCACCACCUUGCCUAUCCCCUGGGCCCCCGGAAUGAUGGCCUCGCCCCUGACUUCGCCCCGCAGCCUACAAGCCUCCCAUUGGCCCACGUGAUGCCUGAGGACAUCAAAGGCUCCUGCUUCCCGAGUGGCAGCAAGCGGAGCCAUGAACCCUUUGCUGCCGUGGAAAGGCUGGGAACCAGUACCUCCCACGCCCAGGCACCAGAGAAGGUGACCCUGCUGGUGGACGGCACCCGUUUUGUGGUGAACCCGCAGAUUUUCACUGCUCACCCAGACACCAUGCUGGGAAGGAUGUUUGGACCAGGAAGAGAGUACAACUUCACACGGCCCAAUGAGAAGGGGGAGUACGAGAUUGCAGAAGGCAUCAGCGCCACUGUAUUCCGCACGGUGCUGGAUUAUUACAAAACUGGCAUCAUCAGCUGUCCGGAUGGCAUCUCUAUCCCAGACCUCAGAGACACCUGCGACUAUCUGUGCAUUAAUUUUGACUUCAACACCAUCCGAUGUCAGGAUCUGAGUGCUUUGCUACAUGAGCUGUCCAAUGAUGGCGCCCACAAACAGUUCGAUCACUACCUCGAGGAGCUCAUUGUGCCCAUCAUGGUGGGCUGCGCCAAGAAAGGGGAGCGGGAGUGCCACAUCGUGGUGCUCACUGAUGAGGACUCUGUGGACUGGGAUGAAGACCACCCCCCACCCAUGGGAGAAGAAUAUUCUCAAAUUCUUUAUAGCUCCAAGCUCUACAGGUUCUUCAAGUAUAUUGAGAAUCGGGAUGUUGCUAAAACAGUAUUAAAGGAACGAGGCCUGAAAAACAUUCGCAUUGGGAUUGAAGGUUACCCUACCUGUAAAGAGAAAAUUAAGAGACGCCCUGGGGGCCGAUCUGAGGUCAUCUACAAUUACGUGCAGCGCCCCUUCAUCCAGAUGUCGUGGGAAAAGGAAGAAGGGAAGAGUCGCCAUGUGGAUUUCCAGUGUGUUCGAAGCAAAUCCCUCACUAACUUGGCAGCUGCUGGAGAGGGCGUCCUAGAGGACCAGGAGAGACUGAUGCACCACCCACCCCAGGUGGACGAACUUGACCGGCUCAAUGCUCCACUUGCUCAGAUGGCUUCUAACGACUCUCAGGAUUAGGACCGAGCUCUUGGCUGAGAUACCCAGCCAGGACUCCCCAUCCUCCCUCUGGUCCUCUCGCCCUGAGUCCCUCCCCGGUGGCCAACACGUCUCCUGUUCAGUAAGUCUGUGCCUCCAGCAGGGGAUGGAGCAGCUUGCUGGUAGCUUGCUGGUAGCUAGGCUACCAGCAUCACGGCACCCCUGGUAACUUGAAAUUUGGGGUCUGGUGCUGUUCACUGAGUGUCUGGAACUCACAACCAGGAAAGGAAGCCAAGUCUCCCAUUGCCUCA